AUGCCAUUGCUCUCCGUAAAUAAUGAAAGAAGUCAUGCUGGGGCUUUCGGUAGCCCUCUCCUUCCAUCCAUCAAUGCAGAAUUUCAGGUGAAGCAAAUUCUCUUGGUCGUCUCUGGUGACUUGAUAAAGCUCUUUUCUGCAUUGCUAAGCAUUAGUGUCGAAGCAGGAGAUACCAACUACGAAACCUUUGCCACUCAUAUUGUCAGAGUGAUUUGUCUGAAGAAAAGACAAUUUUUUGGUCUUGCCGAGAGAUGGGAACACCUGAAUCUCUGCUCUCGACUAAAUGACGACGUUUUGCAACACGUCCUUUGGAGUUGUAUGUUGAUGGCUGUAAAUAAAGUCAAUGCAUACAAAGGGGACGUCCACGAGAGAGUCUCAGGUGAGAGAAUCAAUAGGGUUGAAGAGCUUGACAACUCCCCUGAUGACUCGCCGGUGGUAAAGGCAGCGAUAAUCGUGCCACAGCAAACCCUAGAUAUGACUUUGAUUGACAUCAGAACAGAAAAAGUUAGAGCGGGGGAUGAAUCUUUAGCUGAUACUUCUAAAAAUGAAAUGAUGGUUUGUAGGCUGAAAGAAGAACUGGAAGUGUUUGAAAAGGUCACAUCCAACAGCUCUGACAUCUCAGAAGACGAUCAUGGUCACAGCCAGGAAGAGAUGGAACAACUUUCCUUUUACCCCAACUAUGUGGAACCAAACCCUUGGGCUGAUGACAUAUACGAUUACGCCAGCAUAACAGAGUUGUUGAUGGCUGACAAUCCAAAUCAAGCUCACCAAAUGAGUUUGCCUGAUCCAAAGCUUGAUGUCAUUGAGCUGCAUUUGGAAGAGGAGCAAUUGACGGAGAGUCCCACAAUAUUUUCAAAAAAGCCCUGUUUAUAUUCUAGCCCGCUUGAUUCCCCAGCGUCGUUCAUUACAAGCUUCGCUUCGAUGGAUAACAGUCAACUCUACGAGACUGAUUGGAAAGAGCCUGAAAGUUACAAGUUUUCUAGUCCCUCGAACCCUUCAACUCGUUUAUCAAUUGGGAACUCAGACCAUAACGAGAGAGAAUGGGGGCGGCAGACUCAAGAUUCAGAUGGCUGCAAGACCUCAAAGUUUCGUGAACAGCAGGAAGUUUCUGAGUCGGAUGAAGAGGUAGCGUAUCUGUCAACUGAAGUGUUGUCUUCGAAACUGUCCCUGUCUGAGAAGAAUCCACUCAUACGUGAAGAAUUGCCUAAAACAGAAAAGAUGCUUCCAGAAAGGUGCCCUCUCCGGUUUCAAAGGCCUCUUGAACUCACGCCUGUUGAUACAGAGUUAGCGCCCUUAACCCGUAAAAUGAGGAUACCGGGCAGAAAAAUCCGAAGUAUCGUGAAACAAUAUGAGCCUUUGUCCAGUAAUGAGUGA